CACACCCCUUCUGUUUGUUCCCCCUUCGCCUAUCCACCUCCUUGAGGCCGAGUUGAUCUGGGGCUUAACUGCGGGCUUCGUUUCUUUGUUUUUUUUUCUGUUUCGUCUCUCCUCUACUGCUUUUGGUGUUUACUUCCUGCUUGAUUUCUUUUCUUUUGCUUUUGGUGUUGUCAAUCUUUGUUUCUCGCAUCUCUUUUCUGUUUUAGCGCUCUUUCUUUUCUCACCCUUUCCCUCCCUUCCCCUUCCCGUUGCCACCUGUUGUACGCCUGGAGCACUCGGUGUGGUCCAACACCAGGGGCCGGCCUGGGAACUCGGCCUGCCUGACUUCUCGUUGUUUCUUGUCUUCUUUCGUCAUCUGGGUUUCGUAGCAUCAUCGGCUGGCCGGCGUUUAGCACGUCCUCUCUACUCUUUCUUCUCCCCCUUCUCUUUCCUCUUCUCGGACUUCAAGGUCUAGGCCCGUAGCCUUGCCACAGCAGUCCAUGCACGGGAUAUCGAGGUAGUUCAUCGUCGAGAGCCAUUGCUAGCAAUGGCAAUUCCCGUCCUUUUCUCAGCACUGGUGUUGCUCGUAGCCUUGCUUUGCUGCCAUGCCACCGCCGCUCUUCAACAGCUCGCCCACGACGUGGGUUGUGUUCACCUCCCCGUCGUUCACUCUACCAAAGUCGACCGCUUCUCGGAUAAGCGAGGCAUCCAGCUACAGCUAGCGAAUCGCUCCGACGUCGCCUACUAUGCUCAGCUCAGCAUCGGCACGCCGCCGCAGCCCGUGUUUGUACAGCUGGAUACCGGGUCCUUCGAGCUGUGGGUGAACCCGGACUGCACCACGGUGUCAGGCUCCGACGCCGUCUUCUGCGAACGGGCCGGGCGAUAUGACGUUACCAAGUCUUCGACGGCCACCUCUCUCGGAACCAACAGGACGCUCCGCUACGGGAUCGGGGCUGCCAACAUCUCCUACUUCACCGACACCAUCUCGCUCGCCGGAAGCCCCAUGAUGCUGCAGGACGUCCAGUUCGGCGUCGCCACCGCGUCGGAGGACGCCUUCUCGGGCAUCCUGGGCAUAGGGUACGGGAAGGGCAUCGGCACCGGGUAUCCCAACUUUGUCGAUCAGCUGUGGGAGCAGAACGUGACCCGGGUCAAGGCGUAUACCCUUGCGCUGGGGAGCAAGGACUCGCAAGAGGGGGUCAUUGUGUUCGGCGGCGUCGACACGUCCAAGUUCGCGGGCAAGUUGGCCAGGCUGCCCGUCAUCCCCCCGGCGCAGUCCCCGGACGGCGUCCCGAGGUUCUGGGUCGAGAUGAAGUCCCUCUCCAUCACGCGCCCGAGCGGCCUGAACACGGUUUAUGACGGCGGCGCCAUGCCCGUUUUCCUCGACAGCGGCUCGACCAUGACGCUGCUGCCCGCCAACCUGACCAUGGCUGUUGCUAGAGACUUUGGUGCGCAGGCCCCGGACGCGAACGGCUUCUACAAGAUCGACUGCGCCCUGACGGCGCUGAACGGGACUCUCGACUUUGCCUUCGACGGAGUGACGGUCAGGGUCCCCUACAAGGAGCUCACGCGCGAGGUAGCCAGCAACCCGCCGUCGUGUUUCCUCGGCAUCGUGGCGAGCGACCGGUUCACCCUGCUUGGGGAUACCUUUUUGCGGUCGGCCUACACGGUGUUUGACCUCGAAACCGACUCCAUCUGGAUGGCACCGGCCGUCAACUGCGGCUCGUCUCCCGCGGCUCUCAGUAAUGUGCAGGACCUGUCGGCCGUGACCGGCGAGUGUGGAGUGCGCGAGAUAGCAGAGAGCACGAGUUCUACGCAGGUUCCUAGCACUGGAGUUGACGAUACCGAAGCGGGGGCUGUUCCCACCAGUACUACUACGGUUGUGUCCCAGCCGUCGGGGACAACCACGCAGAUGGGGGCAAGGCCUACUCUGGAUAACGCGAGUAAUCCUCUAGGAGCUCACCGGCUUACCUGGGUCUUAGUAAUAACGGCCGCGUUGCACUUGUUCACGGGAAUAUAAACACGUUCCAGCCCAGGUUUCCCUGGCCGCGGCCCCCCUUUCC